GGGGCGGCCUGGCCCGGACGCCUCGGGGCGGGGGCCGAGGAGGGCUCCGGGCCGCCGGGGGGAGCGACGGGCCCGGCGCCCUCGCGGACUAGCCCCGGCGGGAGAGCCGACCGCCCUCGCCAUCGCCGGAGUCCAGGUUAUCCUGAAUACCACAUGUUUAACAAUUUUCCUUGUGACAUUAGCCCGUGUUUUCCACUGCCUCCAAAAUAUCAAAAUUGCUCUGGAAAUUGGGGACAUACUUGACUUAAAAGAAAUAACUUUAACAAAUGGACAAUAUGUCUAUUACAAAUACACCAACAAGCAAUGAUGCCUGUCUGAGCAUUGUACAUAGUUUGAUGUGCCAUAGACAAGGUGGAGAGAGUGAAACAUUUGCAAAAAGAGCAAUUGAAAGUUUGGUAAAGAAGCUGAAGGAGAAAAAAGAUGAAUUGGAUUCGUUAAUAACAGCCAUUACUACAAAUGGAGCUCAUCCUAGUAAAUGUGUUACCAUACAGAGAACAUUGGAUGGAAGGCUUCAGGUGGCAGGCCGGAAAGGAUUUCCUCAUGUAAUCUAUGCCCGUCUCUGGAGGUGGCCUGAUCUUCACAAAAAUGAACUAAAACAUGUUAAAUAUUGUCAGUAUGCAUUUGACUUAAAAUGUGAUAGUGUCUGUGUGAAUCCAUAUCACUAUGAACGAGUUGUAUCACCUGGAAUAGAUCUCUCAGGAUUAACAUUGCAGAGUAAUGCUCCACCAAGUAUGUUGGUGAAGGAUGAAUAUGUACAUGACUUUGAGGGACAGCCAUCAUUAUCCACUGAAGGGCAUUCAAUUCAAACCAUCCAGCAUCCCCCAAGUAAUCGUGCAUCAACGGAGACAUACAGCACCCCAGCUCUGCUAGCUCCAUCCGAGUCUAAUGCUGCCAGCACCACCAACUUUCCCAACAUUCCUGUGGCUUCCACAAGUCAGCCUCCCAGUAUACUGGCAGGCAGCCAUAGUGAAGGAUUGUUGCAGAUAGCUUCAGGGCCUCAGCCAGGACAGCAGCAGAAUGGAUUUACUGGUCAGCCAGCUACUUACCAUCAUAACAGCACUACCACCUGGACUGGAAGUAGGACCGCACCAUACACACCUAAUUUGCCUCACCACCAAAACGGCCAUCUUCAGCACCACCCGCCUAUGCCGCCCCAUCCCGGACAUUACUGGCCAGUUCACAAUGAGCUUGCAUUCCAGCCUCCCAUUUCAAAUCAUCCUGCUCCUGAGUAUUGGUGUUCCAUCGCUUACUUUGAAAUGGAUGUUCAAGUAGGAGAGACAUUUAAGGUUCCUUCCAGCUGCCCUAUUGUUACUGUUGAUGGAUAUGUGGACCCUUCUGGAGGAGAUCGCUUUUGCUUGGGUCAACUCUCCAAUGUCCACAGGACAGAAGCCAUUGAGAGAGCAAGGUUGCACAUAGGCAAAGGUGUACAAUUGGAAUGUAAAGGUGAAGGUGACGUUUGGGUCAGGUGCCUCAGUGACCAUGCAGUCUUUGUACAGAGUUACUACUUAGACAGAGAAGCUGGACGUGCACCUGGAGAUGCUGUUCAUAAAAUCUACCCAAGUGCGUAUAUAAAGGUCUUUGACUUGCGACAGUGUCAUCGUCAGAUGCAGCAGCAGGCGGCCACUGCACAAGCUGCAGCAGCUGCCCAGGCGGCAGCGGUGGCAGGAAACAUCCCUGGCCCUGGGUCAGUAGGUGGAAUAGCUCCAGCUAUCAGUUUGUCAGCUGCCGCUGGAAUCGGAGUGGAUGACCUGCGUCGCUUAUGCAUCCUCAGGAUGAGCUUUGUGAAAGGCUGGGGACCGGAUUACCCAAGACAGAGCAUCAAGGAAACGCCCUGCUGGAUUGAGAUUCACUUACACCGGGCCCUCCAGCUCCUAGAUGAAGUACUUCACACCAUGCCUAUUGCCGACCCACAACCUUUAGACUGAAAUCCUUACUGUUGGAGCCCUUAACAUUCAUUGUCAGGAUGGUGGACUAGAACAUACAAUCCUGUUUAUAAUCUGAAGAUAUAUAUCACUUUUGUUCUGCUUUAUCUUUUCAUAAAGGGUUGAAAACAUAUUUGCUGCCUUGCUCCUAGCAGACAGAAACUGGAUUAAGACUUUUAAAAACAAUUUUUUUUUUUUUCCUAUUUAGAACUUUUCAGGCAUAGCUCAGAAAUUAAAGGUCAGGAAAAACACAUUCUUAUUAAAUUUACUUCACCAGUUAUGUAUGAAGGAAUCAUUGCAAUCCUGGAAAAUUUAGCCCUUUAAAAUGUCUUUCACCUUUUUCUAUGCAGAACAUUGGUAUAUGUGCUAUUCUAAGGAGUAAACUCAAUAUUGCUGAUUUUAAAGGCAGAGACGUUCUCAAAGUUAAUUCACCUACGUUACUUUGUGUGCACGUUGUUAUUGUUGAGCAGAUUUUACUUCAAAAUAUUGUGCCAUGUGGGUGAGUUAAUGUUACCAAGAGCAACUUCACUCUGUGUUUAAAAAAUAAGACAGUAAUGUAUUAUAAUCUUUUAUCCAAAAUAUAUUUUCUGCAAGUUAUACUAGUGAAGAUGAUUUCAAUUCAGAUUGUCUUGCGACUUCUAUUUUAUUUUCACCAAGGCAAAACAGUAAUCUCUGUGAAUACUGAGAAUUCCUUCAAAUUAUCAAAGAAACACCAUUGACAAGUUCAAUAGUUAUCCCAGUUGGAUAACGAUUUCUCGAGUAGUAUAAUUUCCCCUGUUAAACAGUAGAUGUAGUCUAUAAUUCCAGGCACAGGGUUGGCUACCAAGAAGCCUAGAAGAGCCAUUUCUUUCCUUCAUUAAUUCACAGGGAAAGGUUUUGUAUUUUUAAAAACACUAACAGCAGUGUCACUCCUCCAGCUCUCCAUUCUGCAGAGGUGGCAGUGCUUAAAGUAAAUGAUGCGUAUUUGGAAACUGCUAAGUUCUAUGUCAGAUCCUAUGUGGACUAAUGGAAACAUUACAGCUCAUAAUAGGCAGUUUGGCUAUUUUUAUACUUGAUUUGAUGUGACUUCUUUUUCAUAUACUCUUUAAAUCAUGUAUGUUAUGACAUUGUUUGAAAUUCAGUUUUUGUAUCUUGGGGCAAGACUGCAAACUUUUUAUACCUUUUGGUUUUUCUAAGCCCUGUGCCAUCAGUGAUCAUAUCAAUUGGCAGUGACUUUGUAUAGAGAAGUUAAGUAGAAAAGUCGCAAAUGUAUUGACUGUACCACACACACAACAUGUAUGCUUUUUACUUAGCUAGUAGCAUAAAUAAAACCAAAUCUCAACAUA